GCGGACGGAGACCGGGAGUCAGCGCGCGCUCCAGAGAAACACACCGAGAAUUAUAUAUAUAUAUAUAUAUAUACACACACACACACACAUAGAGAGAUAUAUGUCGAGAGAAACGUGUGUGUAUCGAGACAGAAAGCCGGCGAUGAUCUAGUUUGAGACGGAAAGCGAGCGACUCGGCGCGAUGUGGGAUUUAUUAACCUCGAGGAUGAUGAAAGGGAAUGCUGUGAUUCCGGUGUGAGCUCGCGCGGCGCCGUUUUCCGUUCCGUGUGAUCCUGCAGAGAGAGAGAGCGCGAGAGCGCCAUGGCUGCGGUCCAGCGGCUCUCCGGUGCAGGCCUUCCCCAGCUCUGAGCUCUGAGUGCUGGGUGUGUGUGUGUGGGGGAUACCGCCGCCGCGCCUCGUGCUGCUCCGGGGGAUUCUAACCUACAACUACCACCACCAUCAUCAUCUUCAUCAUUAUUAUUAUUAAGAUUAAUAUUAUUAUUAUUAUUUAAAUCCUGCAUUUUUUCCCCACCUUCCCCUCAUCUAUGGAAUGUACACAAGCCUUACAGUCUGGAUAGGAGCUGAUUGUGCCCGGGGCCAAAAUGUGGGCGUUUGGGAAAUUGGUAUCGAUACGUUGAGGCCCGUGUUUCCCCUCCUCCCCACCCCCUGGAAGUCUGAGCAAUCAGACGUUACAGUGACCGACUCGGGGAGCUGGCACUAAAAUGUCCCUAAGUGGUGGCACUGCAGGCGGGAAAGGUGUGGACUCGAAUGCGGUGGACCCUUACGACAGCGGUGAUGAGUGGGACAUCGGCGUCGGCAAUCUGAUCAUCGACCUCGAAGCUGACUUAGAAAAGGACAAACUCGAGAUGUCGGGCUCCAAGGACGCCGGAGGGAUGGCGGCUCCGCCCAGCGCCGUGGCCGCCCUGGCUGACAACAUCAAGUUCGUGAGCCCCGUCGGCGCCCCUCAAGGCAAAGAGAGCAAAUCGAAAUCGAAGCGCAACAAGAACUCCAAGGACAGUAGCACCAAGUCUCCGGCGGGAGACGGCGUGAAAAAGGAGCACCAGGGACGAACCCAAGUGGAGGUGACUGGUACGACGGGUAAUUCAGGAGGUGCCGGGAACAACGUGCCCGGGAAAGGCAUGGAGAAGGGCGGGAAAGCGCAGCGUGGCGUCCCAAACAGCAAAAAGGACAAGGAGGUAUCGAGCGGGAAGAGCAAGAAGGAGAAAAACGAAGGAGCGGUCGCCGUGGUCGCGAUAGAGAAGGAGGUAGCUGCUAACGCUCAAGCACUUGGGAACAAUACACGCAGCGCCCCCUUCGACAGUACUCCGAACGUGGACAUGGCCGUAACCGAGCCGCAUGGGAAUAACACCCUGGAAUCUGUAGGAAUAGUACCGUUGUCUAUCAAAUCAGAACCCGAGGACAUGGAUAACGGCGAGUGCCGAGCGCUAAAGAAGGUGAAAAACGAAAAGAUGGAGUCUCCGGUCUCUACGCCGGCCCCGCCUCCGCUGCACCUUUUAGCCUCGGUGGGAAACAGCGACAUCGCCUCACCGUGUGAGCAGCUGAUGGUGCGGACGCGUUCGGUCGCCGUCAACACGUCCGACGUGGCCCUGAGCACGGAGCCCGAGUGCCUGGGCCCCUGCGAGCCCGGAACGAGCGUCAACCUGGAGGGCAUCGUGUGGCAAGAAACCGAGGAUGGGAUGCUGGUGGUUAACGUGACAUGGCGGAACAAAACAUAUGUUGGAACGCUGCUGGACUGUACGCGCCACGACUGGGCUCCGCCGAGGUUCUGUGAAUCCCCCACAAGCGACUUGGAGAUUAGGCCUGGGCGUGGUCGAGGAAAGAGGAUGCGUCCCAACAGCAACACCCCAGUCAAUGAAAACAGCAACUCCUCUGACAACAAGGGCAGCAACAGUAGCAAAACCAGAGCCGGCUCUAAUAGCAAGGCUCGACGCGUCAGUCAGAACUCCUCGGAGCGAAGGACGCCACCCAAUAGCAACACAGAGGAUGUCAAAGCCAGCCCUUCGUCGGCCAGCAAGCGGAAAAACAAGCCGGUUUCCGACAUGGAGCCCAACUCUAGUUCCGAGGACACAAAAGGCAACAAGCGUAUGCGCACUAACUCCAACAGUGUAGUAACCUCUGGACUUUCGAUCCCCACCAUUAAGUCGGAGUGUCUUCCGCCUCCCUUGGACCGUAAUUGCCCCUCACCAGUACUUAUAGACUGCCCUUAUCCCAACUGUAACAAGAAAUACAAGCACAUCAAUGGGCUGAAGUAUCAUCAGGCCCAUGCUCAUAACGACAUCAAUAUUAAGCUGGACAUGGAUGGGGACAGUGAGUAUGGAGACGAGUCCUCUCUCCACCCUGAGCCAGCUAGCUGUAAUGGGGCCUCAGUUUCCCAGAAAGGGUCUCUUUCACCAGCACGCUCAGUCACUCCAAAAGGAAGAGGUUUUGAUGCGCAUAGUUCAUCUCCUUCACCAGGGAAAUUUGGCUCCAAGCCUAAGAAGAAGAACGGAGAAGCUGAUUCAGAGGCUUGUGGCAUUCCCAUGGAUGGCCUUGAGGAUGGGCCUUCCCUCACUGAUGAUGCCAGUAAUGAUGGCAUGGAGGACAAGAAGUCUAAAAAGUCCAAGCCUGAUAAGCUGGCCCAGAAGAACAUGAAAUCCUCCAGGCCAAUGGGCUCAGGCAUGCCCUCUCAGCAAAUGUACUCUCUACAGCCAACAUCGUUCAGUUCUGGGAGUCCCAACCAUCACCCAGGAAUGAGUUCGAUGAUUCAAGGCAUUCCCAAAAGCCCCCAGCUUAAAGGUAUUCAGCCAAAGCCGGGUGUGCCUGGAGACUCGUCCCCUAUGAACCAGGUUCUAGGGAGCUCCAAGGACAAAAAGAAAAAGGACAAGAAAAAGAAGGAGGCUGGUAAAGAGGGAGACAGCCCCAAACCUUCAGGAAAAAGCGGAAAAGCAGAGGAAGGGAAGAGCCCUUACUCUGAAUCCUCUGAUCCUGGCAGCAGAAGUGAAGGUCAUCUCAAUGGUUCCUCCGAUCUUCACCAGAGUCGCUUAGCGAGCAUUAAGGCUGAGGCAGACAAGAUCUACAGCUUUACAGACAACGCUCCCAGUCCAUCGAUUGGUGUGGCUAGUCGUAUGGACAGUAGUGGGCAGCCUCUCACUCCUCUUCAUGUUGUUACUCAGAAUGGGGCUGAUAGCUCUUCGGUGAAGACGAACAGUCCUGCAUACUCUGAUAUCUCUGAUGCUGGUGAAGAUGGUGAGGGAAAAGUAGAGGGUUUAAAGACUAAGGUAGAAGAUCAGUCUGUGAGGGAAGGAGCCAAAAAGGCCCUCUUUCCAUCUCAGGCAGCCAAUAAAGAGUCACCUUAUUAUGCUAACUAUGACAAUUACUACUCUCCGAACUACACUCACCCUAGUCCUGGUGGUGCUAGUACUGGUGGGACACUGCCAGAUGCCCAAACCAUAAAGGUAAAGAAAGAGGAAGAGCAAGAUUUAAGUGAAGACAAGGCAAAGCCGGAGUUCCAAGAGGAACGUAAACCAGAUGCUGCCCCCAGCCAGCCGCAACAACAACAGCAGCAGCAGCAGCAGCAGCAACAACAACAAGCCUCGGUCAUCCAGCAACGACCCAACAUGUAUAUGCAGCCUAUUUACUACAGUCAAUACUACGUUCCCCCUUAUGGUUACCACGACCAGAUGUAUCACAACCAUCUCAUGAACACUAAUCCAGCCUAUAGGCAGCAGUAUGAAGAGAGGCAGAGAGUGAUGGCAGAGCAGCACAGAGCAGCCAAAACCGAGGCUGGCAUAAAAGAAAGGGAAGCCUCUAUGAAGGAUGAAUGGAAACAAAAGGGUCCUGUUCCCCCGGGACUCACAAAAGCCCCCAGUCUGUCUGACCUGGGAAAGCCACAGGUGCCCAGCAAGCAGAGGGACUCGUCUUCUGAGCCAGUCAAGUCUGUCAUCAUCCCCAAAGGGGAGGAGGCUAAGCUCCAGCCCCAACAGGCUGAAGGCUUAAAGGUGAAGCUCAGCGAAGGUGGCCAUCACGGCAAAGACGACGCCAAUAAACCAGGAGUCGAGUCGGCCAGGCCAAGCAUGGAGCAGUCGGUGUGGUACAGACAGUACCCUGAGAACCAGAGGCAGGUCGAGGAGGAGCGAGAACGUGACCGAGAAAGGAGAAGCAAAGACGAGAGAUCAAGGACUAAGGAGUCGAGUGCCAAGGAAGAGAGCAAGGAGAGCAGCGACCGUUCAUCCGCUCCUACCUCUGAGGAUUAUCGAGGUUCAGGGAAAGACCCUCGGUCGAACGCUCACAUGCCUUUUUCCUCCGCACUGACUCAGCAGCAACCUUACAUGCACUACAUGCAUGGAUAUUCCUAUGGGCAAGGCUAUGACCCCAACCAUCCUGGAUACCGAGGAAUGCCGUCAGUCAUGAUGCAGAACUACCCAGGUUCCUAUCUACCUGCCGGUUAUUCAUUCCCACCGUACAGCAGUAAGAUGGGUGGAGGCGAGGAAGGCGAGAAAUCCCGCUCGAGUCCUACAGUCAGCAGCAAGUCGUCCUCUGAGGCAAAAGCCCUGGACAUCCUGCACCAACACGCCAACCAGUACAAGAGUAAAUCGCCCACAGUCAGCGAUAGAGCAGCGCACGAGCGGGACCGAGCAGCAGCAGAGAGGGAAAGAGAAAGGGAACGUGAGAGAGAACGAGAAAUGGAUCGACCGCGUUCGUCUCCCUCACAGAGAAUCAUGCAGUCUCACCACCACCUGGGCUUCCCCCUCGUACCUGGCCAGUACGACCUGACCUAUACCACAGGUCUACCCUCGUCAGCUAUUGUUGCUAGUCAGCAAGCUGCAGCCCCCUCCCUCUACCCACCAGCACGGAGGUGAGAACGGAAACAGUGACUGACUCGACCUCAUCUCUACAAAUACGACAUGUGACUGGAUCACAUGAGGAAGUAUAUGGAGUUCAUUUUAGACAUCAGUUGAAUGGUGUUUCUAUAUUUUUUAGUUGUUUUUUUUGUUUGUUUGUUUUUUUGUUUUUUUUCUUUUCCUGCCGGAAUGUUGUGGCAGAGUGACGUUUUCUUAGCAUCCGUACCUCGUUACUCCACUGAGGACUGUGAGACCAGGUUCAAAGCCAUCCUGCUGCCCCACCUCGCCCAGCCGGCUACUGAACUCUCUCUCUGUGAACUAGCGAGGAGUCGUUUAGGGGAGGGGAUAAACAACCCGGAACGAAACGAUCCGUAAAACCUCUACUCGUGAGAAUGUUGGACUGGACGAAGCGCUCCCACGUGCGUGCGGGUUGUGUUCGGGUCGAAGAGGCGCAGACCGGUGGGUCAAACAAGAAGAAGAAAAAAAAAAGACUGGACGUAUAUCAUCAUCAUCAUCAUGUUGAAAUGGUUGAAGUUGUUUUGUUUUGUUUUCGAGUGCACAUCCUCCUCUUCCUCCUCCUCGCUGAAGCAUCUGUGACUUUUCACAACGGUUGUGUUCUGAAAUUCUCUCAUGGGUGGCGGUUCUCGCGUAGUUCUCAUCACCACACGCCUCAAGACUGCUUUGUAUUUUUUUUUUUUUUUUUUUCGUCUUCAGGAGGCUCGGUGUGUGUUGUUUUAGUUUUUUUUUUUUUUUGUCCCCCCCCUCCCCUCACCCCUCCAUCCCGAUUACAGCUCACGCUUCCAUGCAGAGGAAACGCCAGCGUCUGUUGUCGUCCUAACCAGUUUCAGUUUUAAGUUCACGGAUCAGGGUGGAAUUUUUUUUUUUUUUAUUUCGCGUAAGUAUUUAUUAAAGCGUCAGACUGGUGGCGGCCAGUCCUGCAGAGAAAGUGCAGACCGUGUAGACAUGGAGGUCAUGCAGAAUCAGACGAAACCCACCUCGCCACGUGCUCAGCUCAACCAGACGUCGCUAAGCUGCUAUAUUUUUAGAGAUCUUUCAUUUCGGAUUUCCAUCCCUCUCUGUCUCUCUCUCUCUCUGUCUCUCUCUCUCUCUGUGCACUGUCAGACGUACUAACUGUUAAACCGACUAGUCAGUGAUGUGACGUGUGUUUU